AUGCUUCAUUACCAUUUAAUUUUGGUAGAACAGAUUGAUUUUAAAAAUUUGAUUACAACUGGAUAUCCUAAUCGUCAUGUGUUAUCAAGGAAGACGUUAAUGAAAAAUAUAGAAGCUCAACAUCAAGUCCUUUUACAAGAUAUGAAAAGCAUAUUUUCCAAAGUUAAUUAUUUAACUACCGCUGCUGAUGGUUGGACUAUUUUCAAAAGAUCCUAUUUGGGUAUGACUUGUCAUUGGAUUAAUCAAGUAUCACUAGAGAGAGAGUCUUGCUUAUUGGCUAUAAGAAGAUUAAAGGGCAGCCAUACUUAUGAUUUGCUAGCAAGAACUAUGGAAUCUAUUUAUACUGAAUUUAAUAUCAAUGAUAAAGUUAUCUAUACAACAACUGACAACGGUUCUAAUUUUGUCAAAUGCUUUGAGCAAUUAUAA